CAGCGGCCGACCCAGACUGCAGCAGCCGACCACAAGACAAAUCAACAAAGGCACGUGGCCACUGACAGGCAGACCCUACCCUGCCUAGCUAACGUCAUGACAUUACCAGCUAUUUUGUUUGUGGGUUAUUUGUUCUGUCGGAGCGAUAUUACAGCAUCCUUGGUUCUACCUAACAGGAAGGAUCUAUGCCAGCUACCUGCCAAGCCACUCCCGCAUAAGAUUGGCCAAAUGUUGCGAAACACCCGUUGUGCCACUCUAUAGGGGGUUGUCUUGUUUUUUAGAAGGCGUUAGCUAACCAGGAUAGCUAACAGGUAGCUAAGCUACACCUACAGAAGUUCAUGUUCGUUAAUGGAGGACUCAUACAAUCGGUAGCAAAGAAGUUUUACGAGUGGUCAAGGACAGGUAUGGAUCGCUAGUAUCACAGGUGUAAACUAAGUUUAUUAGCAAUGGGAAAUACCUGCAGCAAUAACCUGGGAAUCCCCCGAGCGAAAGGGCCUAAUCCAGUUGGAUGCACUGAUUUCAUGAUGGAUCACACUGUGCAGGGCACGUUUUUUCGUCUGUAUUAUCCCUGUGUCGAGACAGAGAAUCCAGACACGCCUGACUGGAUCCCAAGACACGAGUAUUUCGAUGGGCUGGCGGACUUCAUGAAAAUCAAUAGAACCAUAAGUGACAGGAUUUUCAAUUACCUCUUUGGUUCCUACAAAAUACCUGCAGCCUUGAAUGCUCCAUUUAAGUCAAAUGAGAAAUGCCCAGUAGUAGUCUUUUCCCAUGGCCUCGGAGCUUUCAGAACCUUAUAUUCAGCCAUAUGUGCCGAAUUGGCGUCCCAUGGAUUCAUAGUGGCAUCCGUGGAGCACAGGGAUGAAUCAGCGUCCGCUACAUACUUCUACCAUGAGAAGCCUGAUUCUGAUAAGGGCAAGACUUCUCCGAAAGGCCCUCCACACAUGCCUGAGAACCUGGUGGAGGAGUGGAUGUACUACAGAUCCCUGAAGCCUGGGGAGUUGGAAUUCCCUCUCAGGAAUAAACAGGUGAAACAUCGUGCAGAGGAAUGCAUCCAGGCAUUAGACAGACUUAUUGAAAUUCACUCAGGAAACUCAGUGGAGAACGUGCUGCAGACAGAGUUCGACUGGACAACUUUAGAGAACUCCAUGGACCUCUGUCGGAUAGCAGUGAUGGGGCAUUCUUUUGGGGGAGCAACUGUAGUUGAAGCUCUUUGCAAGGGGGAUGUCAAAUUCAGGUGCGGAAUUGCUUUGGAUGCGUGGAUGUUUCCCCUGGAUGAUGAGAUCUACCCCAGAGUGAAGCAGCCCAUCUUCUUCAUAAACUCUGAGAAGUUCCAGUGGGCGGGUAACAUCAGCCGAAUGAGAAAGCUGGACUCUGCUGUCAUUCAGAGGAAAAUGAUUACUAUAAGGGGGACAGUCCAUCAGAGCUUCCCAGAUUUCACCUUUCUAACAGGAAACUGGAUCGGAAAGAUCCUUAAACUGAAAGGAGAGAUCGACCCCCUGAUUGCCAUGGACCUCUGUAACAAAGCCUGUCUAGCCUUCCUGCAAAGACACUUGGGUCUUCAGAAAGACUUCAACCAGUGGGAUCAUCUAAUUGAUGGGAAGGAUGAGAACCUCAUACCAGGAACCAACAUCACUCUGCUCCAGUCUUCCAUCUGACCCACCCUACCUUUACUCAUCAACCAGUGGGAUUAGUUGUCAGUGGAGGUUUAUUAGCAAGUCAAUACAAGCUCACUCACUCACUUUACCUGCGUGCCACUCUCAGCCUUGUAUGAUGUGAGUGAUGGACGGUCCAAUGUAAAACAAUCAUUCAAAAACUUUUGUUAAUUUGAACCAUGCCUGGGCAAGUAACUUCUUGGGAGAAAUGUUUUUCUGAUUAGGAUGAGUUUGAUUCCUAGGAUGUGUUUAUAUACAUAGAUGUAUACAAUACAUACAAAUACUUGAUUGUAUGCAUCAGUUGUCAUCGUCUUUGAACAUAUUUUAGCUUGUGUUCUUUUAACAUGUUAACUAUGGUUGCAGUGUGAUUGUAGAUAAUUGCCCAAGGCACCUGGAUGAUUUAUACAUUUUGUAGAUUGUGAAUAUGACCUCAUAUUGUUUAACUAAUAUGUAUUUAUCAAGCAUGAUUGCACAGAUUACUUAAUUACAAGACGAUGAAUUGAUAGACAAACCAAACAUUUUUAAACACUAAAGGUUUGUUGAGCAAUGACUGAAAAGUUGUUUCUUGAAGAUUACUAGCUCCAUACAUCAUCUGCCUUAAAGAACCAUGUCCCUGGCUGGAUCAAAAUGUAACAUUUUCUACCCAUCUUUUACAUGUUUUUCAAUCCAUCAUGCUGUCUGAAAUGUACUUUGUACACCACUGUACUGCAAUAACUUGUAUAUGUAUACACCAAACCAAAAUAAAAGUACUUAUUAAAUAACUACACUGUUACAGCAGUUUUAGGCUCAGCAGAUUCCUGAGAUUCCUGUAUUAUUAUGCCAUGCCAUUUCUGUACUUUCAAUAUUUCUCCAACUUUUAGGUGACUGAAACUCACCCUACUUUAACAUCCUAAAAAAACACUUAAUAUGAGAAAAGAAAACUUGAGAAACAAUGGGCCUGGAGAAAUGACGAUGUAGUAAUGGUUUCACUUGCCUAACCUCUGAGCUACUUUUCAGUUUCAACUAGAAUGAGUCAGUUUUGAAACAUCAGGAUAUUUAUUGUUUAAACAAAUGACUUAGAUGACACUGCACAUUUAUUUAUUUAUUUAUCAGCAGACAUAUAUAUAUCUGUCUGCUGAAACAAACACUUUCGUGUUUCACUUCAGAUGUGAACAGAAACUUAAUUCAGUUAAAUGUGCAUUCAACAGCAAUGAAACAUUAACAAUUGUACAAAAUAAAUGUCUAACUUAGUUUAAACAGACGCAAUGUUGCAGAUUCUACUCAAACAAAAGCUGUUAAAAGUGGGGACAAAGGUUUUCCCAAUAACUUUCCCACUUGUUAGUAUAACUUUACUGAUGGUAUCAACACAAAUCAACAUGAGUGAGGCAUAAGGCCAAUCCACCUGGAAAAUAAAUGUGUUUAAAUGAAGUAACUGCAAUGAAACAAAUUGCUCAUCUCU